GGUUAUACAUGCUGCGAUUCUGGUCUGGUCAAAGUCACGUUGCAUCUUGUGAUCUCCCCAAAGGCUGGGGAGUCAAAGUGACGGAUUUGUUUCGUGUGGGAAGUGAAUGAGUUUAAAUUUUCGGUCAGUUUGGGAAGAGUUUUUAUUGGGGUUUUCACGCUGCAGUGCAUGUGGCGUUGCCACGCUGAGAGGAAGGUUGUCGGUGGCUGGGUGGUACUGUGUGUCGUCAGUGAGCAGAGCAUUGCUGUGGAAACCUGUACAAGCUGGAGCUGAGGAGUUGGCAAUUGGACCUUCGCUGCUUACUGAGGCUUCGCUUUCCAUGAUUCAGAGCUGAGCAGAUUCGUGCAUUUUGGGGGAUGUAGGACACACUGACAGCUCAAUACCCAACUUAUGGACCAGUUUAUUGCAAGUGUUUUUUUUCUGGCAGUGAUUUGUACGUUCGCUCCGUUCACUUAUUGGGACCGAGAAGCCGAAUUUGCCAAGUUAUCGAGAUAAAGUUGGAUUGAGAGUCUACUGUGGGUGCCAGACUAAGAAGGAGCUUCAUCUCCCUAACACAGGAGAAUAUUGCAGGGAACUGGUGGAACCCAUAGAGCAAUAUGACUACACUUGCUGAAACAAAAGCUGUUCUUCGCAGCGCUGAUGCAGUCUGUUUCGAUGUUGACAGUACAGUCAUUAAAGAAGAAGGAAUUGAUGAACUAGCGACAUUCUGUGGUGUCGGUGAUGAAGUAGCAGAAAUGACCCGAAAUGCAAUGGGAGGGGCAGUCUCAUUUAAGAAGGCUUUAAUGGAGCGUCUCGCUAUAAUAAAACCUUCACGAGAGCAAGUGAACCAGCUAAUAACUGAUCAUCCCCCGUGUUUGACGGACGGUAUAAAGGAAUUGGUUGGUCAUCUUCAACAACGUGGUGUUGAAGUUUUCCUGAUAUCUGGUGGUUUCAGGAGUAUAGUGGACCAGCUAGCAGCACAGAUAAGUGUUCCCUUAGCCAAUGUUUAUGCAAACAAGCUAAAGUUUUACUUCAAUGGUGAUUAUGCUGGCUUUGAUGAAACCCAACCAACAGCAGAAUCUGGUGGGAAAGGCCGGAUCAUAAAUCGUUUAAAAGAAGAAAGAGGUUUUAAGAAGGUUGUUAUGAUUGGAGAUGGAGCCACAGACUUGGAAGCAUGCCCUCCUGCAGAUGCAUUUAUCGGAUUUGGUGGGAAUGUUGUCCGACAGCAAGUAAAACAAAAAGCCAAGUGGUUUGUCACCAGUUUUCAAGAAAUUAUUGAAGAACUGGAAAGUUGACUUUUUUCAAAUUACAUACAUCAGCAAAAUUUAACAUUAACAUGGAGGUCAAUGUAGGCUGCAUCAUUGACUAUAUAUUCAGUAUGAACAAAGAGGGGCAGCAGGCCAUUGGACCCUUGAGCUGCCAUCUACUCUACCUGCAGUCAGUCCUGCCCCAGCUCAGAGCCUCACAGCGGACCUCUAUUUCUACAUCCUCCGGAGGAUACGUGCUCAAUAAAUAGUAUUUAUCUACUGCAUCAGACUUAAAAGAACGUAAGCUAAGCUAAACAAACUUUCAUGUACUACUGGCCGCACAGUAGCCACAGGGCUGCUCUUUCCAGGACCAGUGGGGUAAUCGAUGAUGUUUUUGCCCCCAAUGCCGCCGCAUGGCCCGCAGCCCCCGCAGUCACUAGUGACCACACCACCUCCGAGAUCGCCAACCACCUCCACGACUGCAGAGAAGACUACCACCGCGGGAUACACCAGUGUCACUGGAUUCAAUAGCACAGAUGUGAUACCUACCUUGAACAUCACUUCUGCCCCACUACUAGGUCCCAUUGGUGAUGUCACUUCCACAGCCACUGCUGUUAGCAGCCAAGUACCCAACAGUGAAGCUACCUUCCCCACCUGUGAUGUUACUUCUGUCCUGUUAACCAUAAGCACCACUUCUGCCCCCUUUGCACUACUGACCCAUAACCACACCCACUCAAGCCACUGUCUUUGCCCUCACCUCAAACUCCAGUCCAGGUCCUAGCUCCCAUCCCUGCCAUGUCUUCACCAUUUCCCCCAGACUUCCCCCUCACCUAAGGAUGAAUGUUUAGUCCUCAGUAAAAGUCUUACCUUUAUCCCUAUAUGGUCCCAAUUAAUGAGUUUGACUCACACUGUGACCUUGAACGUUUCUUCCACCAUCAUCAGUGGCUACUUUUACAACUAAGACACCCACCUCCCUACCAAGGACCCCUUUUCCCACCUCCAACAUACCCCAUCCACCUGGACAUCCCAUGCUGGCCUGCUACCUGCCCUUGACCUCUUCAUUUCAAACUGCUGCUGACAUCAACCACCUCAACCUGUCCAGCCCACCACCCCCUCUGCUCCAACCCCAACCGCCCCAUCAAAUCAGUGGACAAAAAGGGGUACAGUGCUCAUCUGGCAAACUGACCUCUAUGUUGCUGAAGCCAAGUGCCAACUCAAAGACCCCUCAACCAUAACCUCACCUGGAACUCCCCACAUAUGUUUGGGUCACCACCCACACCUUGCAUCUCCUCCAAGACUUCAGUUUUCCCAAGCCCCCAGUGCCUCAUCUCACCAUGGACAUCCAAUCCCUCUACACUUCCAUCCACCAUACCAAGGCCUCCAAAUGCUCAGUUUCUUCAUCUCCCAAUGUCCCCACCAGUAGCUUUCUACUGACACUUAUUCGUUUGGCUGAACUGGUUGUCACCCUCCAAUUUCUCCUUCGAAUCCUCCCACUGCCUCCAAACAAAAGGGGUAGCCAUAGACACCUGCAUGGCCCCAGCUAUGCCUGUCUAUUCGUUGGCUAUGUAGUACAGUCCAUCUUCCAGAGUUACACUGGUUCCACUCCCCACCUUUUCCUCAGUUACAUUGAUGACUGCAUUGGUGCUAACCUGUGCUCCCACGAGGAGGUUGAAUAGUUAGUCAACUUCAACACAUUCCACCCUAACCUUAAAUUCACCUGGAUCAUCUGUUACCUCUUUCCCCUUGUUAGACCUCUCCCUCUCCAUUCACAAGGACUGACUCAGACAUCUUUUACAAACCCAUAGGCUCCCACAGCUACCUGAAUUGCACCUCUUCCCACUUUAAAGAUCCUUAACUUGAACAUUCAUCUAAUAACUAAAUAUUGUCUUUGUGCAUGUUGAGAGUUUGUGUUGGCAAUCCAUGAUCUUCAUUGUAAUGUCAUCUGCCUGUACAACAAAUAUAAAUUGCAGCAAGAGUAGGCUAUUUGGCUCUUUGAGCUUGCUCUGCUAUUUUUUAUUAUUAUCAUGGCUACUCAAUAUCCUGUUCCUACUUUACAAUCCCAUUAGCCAUAAGAAUUGUAUCUAUAUCCUUCUUGUAAACAUUACAUGUUUUGGCCUCAACUGCAUUCUGUGGCAGAGGAUUCACAGGCUCAUCACUCUCUGGGUAAAGAAAUUUCUCCUUAUCUCAUUCCUAACUGGCCAUCCCCACAUCCUUAGACUGUGAUGCUUGACUGGAUCUGGAUGGUCCAGUCAUCAGAAACAUCCUGCAUUUACCCUGUCUAGAUGGAUUAGAAUUUUAUAGAUUUCUAUGAGAUUCCACCCCACACACACCUCUGAAUAUAACUCGAACUGAUCCAGUUUCCCUUCAGUCAGCCCUGCCAUCCUAGUAAUCAGUCUGGUUAAACCUUUGAUGCACUUCAUCAAUAACAACAAAACUGCACAUGAUACUCCAGGUGUGGUCUGAUCAAGGCCCUAUACAAUUUUAGCAAAACAUUCCUGCUCUUAAAUUUGAAUCCUCUGGCUAUGAUGUACCAUAUGCUACCUUCACUGCCUACUGCACCUCUGACCUCAAGAAAUAGGAACAGGGGUAGGUUGUUUAGCCUCUUCAGCCCACUGCACCAUUCAAUAGGAUCAUGGUUGAGUCAAUGCUUCUCAUGUCCACUUGCCUGUCAUUUUCCCUAUAACUCCACACAGACCGUCACCAGAGGUUAGAAUCAAACCCAUAUCUUUGGUGCUGUGAGGCAGCAGUACUAACCCCUGAGGCACUGUGCCACCCACAUGAAUGACUUAAUAUUUACACAUUGCUGAAACUGAAAAACAAUUUAAAUUCUCUUUACCAACAAAUUUAUUAAAUUUGCUAAGAUGUAAACUUUUGAAACUUGCCUUUUGGUGAUUAUGCAAAUUAUUUUUUUUCUCUAAAGUUACAGCAUAACUGACUUAUUAAUUGAUCUUUCUCUCAUUGAUUAAAGUUUAUGCCUUCACCAAGGAGCUCAGUUUGUUGGAUUUUCAGACAUUGAAACAAUCAAUAAUAAUAAAACAGCACUGAACUGAAUAGCAGAAGGAAUGUUUAAUACUAAAAUGAUUUUUUUAAAAUUCAGGUGAAAUUUAUGAAUAACAUUAUCUUUAGGUUGUUUGAAUUUUAAUAAAAUUGAGACUACUUAUCAAAGGCCAACUAGGACUGGAAAUAUACCAAUUGAUAGCUGCAACAUUGAGUCAAGCUUCAGUGUAACUACCUUGUGAUAAUUCAUCCAUUUGAAGUCAAACUUCCUGCCAAAACAAAUAAAUACUUGUUAUAAUCAA